GCCCGCCCCUUCCCCGGGCGCCGGGCAUGGCGCUGCCGGCAGCGCCCGGGCGUGUGUGAGGCGGCGGGGGCGCCGCGGGGACGGGGCAACAUGAGGCGUCUGCAGCCGGGGGUCGCGCUGCUGCUGUCGCUGCUGUGGGAGUGUACGGAGGCCAAAAAGCAUUGCUGGUAUUUUGAAGGAUUAUAUCCUACAUAUUAUAUAUGUCGCUCCUAUGAGGAUUGCUGUGGUUCAAGAUGCUGUGUAAGAGCUCUCUCUAUCCAGCGACUAUGGUACUUUUGGUUCCUUUUGAUGAUGGGAGUUUUGUUCUGUUGUGGAGCUGGUUUCUUUAUCCGAAGACGGAUGUACCCUCCUCCACUAGUAGAAGAACCUACUUUUAAUGUGUCUUACACGAGACAACCAGUCAACACUGCAUCAGGGUCACAACAGCCUGGCGUGCCGUAUUACACAGAUCCAGGUGGACCUGUGAUGAAUCCCAUGGCUAUGGCUUUCCACGUCCAGCCCAACUCCCCGCAGGGAAACCCGGUUUACCCGCCCCCACCUUCCUACUGCAACACGCCGCCUCCCCCGUACGAGCAGGUGGUGAAAUCCUCCACGUGAGGACUGUGUGGCGCUCUGACCUGACUGUGUGAGCAGAAGGUGCCAUUGCAAAAUGACCGAGAUGGUGGGCAUCUGCCCUUUUGAACACUUGCUAGUUCUCCGCGUCCUCUCUCCCUCCCUUCCCUGCACCUUUCCUCAUUAAAGUUACUUGCAAAGGGGUGAUUUUUAAUUUUUUUUUUUUCAGUAGAAGUGAAUUUUUCUUUGUCUUCAAAAUGAGAGAAGUUGUCUUUGUAAUGCUUUUAAUGGAAACCUAUAUUUAAAACCUGUAUGUCUUUCUCUUUAUUUAUUGUUUGUUUCAACCGUGUGUAUAAUCGCAUUGUGGCAGGCUACCGGUCGCAGCUCUUUAUGCAACCUCAGAGUGACGUGCACUCUCCCAAAAUGGAAGAAAUGCCCUCGCCUAAGGGAAACUACAGAGAAAGAGGGGAGACAUAGAAAAAUCAGGGCAAUGCUUUAGCAGAAAUGGUGACCACCAUCAUUUUGUUUAUGGUUUUCUUGUAAAACUUGGUUCUGAUGCACAACAGAGAGGCGCUGUGGUAGAAGGUGCUGAGUGAGUGGGGCACCACUGUUGGCUGAGUCAGGCAGCAGCUUUGCCAAGUGCCCUAGCGCAGAGACCUUCACUACUUGAAAUGGUGCACCUAAAAACAAAGAACCGGGAGCCGCGUGUUUCUUGGCCACCACCUGGACUCUGCCUGUGUGAGCUGCGUCCUGGCUCCCCUUGUUUUGCCAAAGGUGAGAUUGUGUGAAACAGCUGAUGACCUAAACGUGGGUAGUGAGCGGGGAGUGUUAGAACCUCUGAACUACUUGUGCUUGUGCCUCUAGACUAAACGGUUAGAAAUAAUGAGAUACGUAAGAAAAUCUUCUUCCAUAAUUUGGAGAACAAUUACAGUAAGGGGGAACGGGAGCACAUUUCCCUUUUAAAUUGAUGGGAACUUUGUCACUGAGAAGUAAUACUUUUUAUUAUGGUCUUGCUGCUGCCACAAAGAGUACAAAGAAGAGCUGUCACAUCCGGGUGACGGAUUUGUAAAACACUCUCCUCUCUAGGAUAAAUAAAUAACUUUUUGGGACUUGUGCUUAAGAGCAGUUCCUUAA